CUCUCGAGUCAGUUGUUCCGACGCUUCGAAAUGGCCAGCACCGAGAGUCUGGAUGGCAGUGCCUUCGAGGGCGACAUCUCGGCGGUGCCGCAGGUGGGUCACCUGACCACCGAGCCCCAGGAGUUGGAGUGCCCCGCCUGCCAGGAGUUGCAGAUCACCCGCGUGAAGCCGGAGGCAGUGACCAUUCUACAGAAGAUUGUCUGCUCGCUAAAUGUGCUCCUCUGCUGCAAUCCCAUUCGCUGGAAGGGUCGUCAUGAUGUCAACCAUUACUGCAGUUCGUGCGGCUGCUUUAUAGGACGCGACAUCACUCUUAGUUGGUACAAGAGGACUCUAUUCCGCCUCCAAAGGGGCGAGGUGGAGGACCAUGGACGCUGGCAAAGAUUCCACAAGGUGGAGAAGGAGCAGCUGGAUGAAAAGAAGCUGGGCAGGCAGCGCAAGGCGCUUGAGGCAAAACGUUUGGAUGAGAAUUAUUAAUAAAUAAUUUUAAAAAAAAUCGUAAAAUGCCUAUGAUACAAAGGGUUGGUUGGCUUAUACAACUAUUUACAUUUAAAAUACAAUAAAAUGCUUAUAUUCAAGGUCCAA